AUGUGCGAGUGCUCUGCAAACAUGCUGACAGCGGUUGAGUUGGCGCCGAGGAACGGCGAGUUUAGAGAAUGGAACGAAAAGCAGAGAAACGAGCUUGUGGAGUGGCUCCUGGCUGUGCUGACGUGGCAGCGCUUGCACGACGUCGCAGAACUACCGCCGGAGUGCUGUCAAACCAGCCUGGGUGGCGAUCUACGGCCAGUGCGGCCGGACAAGGUGGCGGCUCUUCUCCAGCCCAGGAAGAAGGCUGACGUGUUGCGCGCCAUCCAGGCCAUACGGUCAGUGCUCGAGGGGGCCAUGCUCUUCGCGAGUGACCGGAAAUAA